AUGAUUUUAAUUUGGACCUUAUUUUUGUUUUGUACCAUACUAAAUUCAACCUAUAUUUUUAUUUCAGACAAGAAACAAGUAUUGAAAGAAUCUCAGAAAAGUCUCAAUGUCAAUGAAGAGUAUCUUGGUGCAUUUAGAACAAAAUCCUAUGGGGAUUUCUGCAUAAAAGCUCAAUUACUAGUAAAUGAAUCCUCAUCACCAGCUAAUUACUGCCAUAAAGGGUUCUUAGAAAUUCUUGACCCUGGCCAAGAAACUAUAGCACAAGUUCUUGAAUCAGCAGUACUUUCAAGAAAGUCGAAUCUCAAAUCCCUUCUCUUUAAUUACUUCGAUAUGAGUGCCGAGGCAUCGAAAUUCUGCAGCCAACUUCUCAAAAGCAUAAAUCAAGUUCAAGCUGACUACAAAUUUAUUUAUCAAGCUCUUGACACCAUUGAUGAUUAUUCUUCGGAGAAAUUUCACUUAAUCGUGUUUGAGCUCCAUUCAUGCAUCCUUAAUCUCAAAAAACAAGAUUUUAAGUGCAUCAAUGAAAAGUACACAUCAAUUCUUCAACGCCUUAAGUCAAAGCGAAAAAUGGUGACGAGGAAGAUUAAAUUGAUAAAAUGGUUCAACAAGGCAUCCGGAGUAUGUAUGACAUUAGCUUGCAGCGUGAUUUCUAUAGCUGCCAUGGUACUAGCGGCACAUACUCUAACCGCGUUACUUAUGGGACCCGUGAUUUUGAGCUUACCCGUGAAGCCAUUAAAGAGAAAACUUCUUAAUAUCCAAUUUUUGAAGGAUGGAUUUCUAAGGAAAAUUGGAGAACAACUUGAUGUGGCUACCAAGGGUACUUAUAUUUUGAACAUGGAAUUUGACACUAUGAGUCGACUCAUGGCUCGGAUUCAAGACGAGAUUGAACAUAACAAGGCAAUGAUACAAUUCUGUUUGGACAGGAAGGAAGAUAAAUUUUCCUUCCAAGCAUUAUUGGACCUUAAAAAGGGGGAAUUUGGGUUCAAGAAACAAGUGCAGGAGCUUGAAGAACAUGUGUAUUUAUGUCUUGUCACAAUUAAUCGAGCUAGAGCUUUGGUGAUUAGGGAAAUUACAAAAUCUUGGCUAAAAAAUUCAACGCAGUAG